AUGGAUUCUUUGAUGGGAAGUGAGAUGGGCGCUAUUAGUGAAGCUUUUCCCACAUUCGAAGCACUGAUAGGGUUUCUCCCCUGUAUGAAUUCUUUGAUGGGAAGUGAGAUUGGCGCUUUGACUGAAGCUUUUCCCACAUUUGAGGCACUGAUAGGGUUUCUCCCCUGUAUGAAUUCUUUGAUGGGAAGUGAGUUCACCACUCACACGAAAGCUCUUUCCACAUUCCAAGCACUGAUAGGGUUUCUCCCCUGUAUGAAUUCUUUGGUGGGAAGUGAGUUCACCACUCACACGAAAGCUCUUUCCACAUUCGAAGCACUGAUAGGGUUUCUCACCCGUAUGAAUUCUGUGAUGGGAAGUGAGAUGAUCCAUCCGACUGAAGCUCUUUCCACAUUCCAAGCACUGAUACAAUUUCUCUCCACUGUGACUUCUUUCGUGUAAAGUGAGGCUGUUCCUCCGAACGAAGCUCUUUCCUUGAUGGGAGUUCGACUGGGAGCUCUGACCGAUGUUCUCUCCACACUCUGA